GGUUAUGGUGGUUCAUUAUAUGCAAAUUGUAUAAACAUGAAAACGAAAACCUGUGCUGCUGUUGGGUGCUUCUCAUGCAGCAGGCAAGGCAUCAGAUUCUUCAACUUUCCAAAGGAUCCAGCACAGGCUGCGGUAUGGGCAGGAAAAGUUGGAAUAUCCUGCACUAUUGAUUCCGCUAGAAGGCUGCACAAUGAAUAUUUGUGCAGCAAACAUUUCCUGGACAGUGAUUUCACUGCAGCUGAAAAGGAGGGUGCUUCAGCGAAUACCUGGCAACAGCUGCGUUUGUUAAGGAGGUUGACAAUCUCUUUUGAUAGUUUCAAUGGUGGAAUGCAUGUUGACCCUGGGAAAACACUGCGUUACCCACUCAACAACAGUCCCCAUAUAGAGCACUGGAAGGUGUGGGAACUUCCCACAGUCCAACAGACUACUCCUUCAGUCACAAACAGACAGCUCUUUUCCUUACCUUUUCAUUUCAUAAAUAUAUGGCAGACAUAUGACCAGAUUGACUUACAACCUGCCAGUCAGAACGGAAGUUGGUUGUAAGUUGACGACUAAAUGUAUAUGUUAUAGUUCAAAUGUCCAUUGCAUUUCAGUAAGGGGGUGUUGAAUUGAUGUAAAUGAAAUUUUCAUACU